UCGCACUGGCUGCCGGGAAACACCUUUAUAUGGACGGUAGCGCAUCAUCUUCACUCAAACCCGUACUGGAGUCACAGCAAGACACAUCCACAUAUCCACAACUUUCACACCCUGUCCUUGUGGCUCAAUGGAGUUGACAAGCUGGAUACAGUACAAAAACGAGGACCGUGAAGAAAACGAUUAAUGCACAGGACCUGUUACCCGACGAGUCCGAAUACCAUACUCCAGACAUGACAGGACAGAGUCUAGAGGAGCUGAACGGAGCUCAUUUUGAAGACAAUGCAAUACGCAUUAACGUCGGUGGUUUCAAGAAAAGACUUCUAUCAGACAUACUGUCUAGGUUCCCUGAAACCAGACUGGCUCGUUUACUACGCUGUCAGUCAAAGGAGUCCAUCCUAGAAUUGUGCGAUGAUUACGAUGAUAAUGAAAAAGAGUUUUACUUCGACAGGAAUCCUGCGCUGUUUCCCUACGUCUUAAAUUUUUACAACACUGGCAGACUGCACGUCAUGGCCGAACUGUGCAUUUUCUCAUUCAGCCAAGAGAUAGAAUACUGGGGCAUCAAUGAAUUCUUCAUUGACUCGUGCUGCAGCAACGCUUAUCACUGCAGGAAAAUGGAGCCCGACCGCGACGACUGGGACGAUAAAAGCGAGGAGGGGAGCACCGCAUCUUCAUUCGAUGAGCUUUUAGAGUUUUAUAACGACGCGACAAAGUUCGACAAGCAGCCCCUGGGGAGUGUGAGGCGACGGGUCUGGCUAAUGUUGGAUAACCCUGGGUAUUCCAUUGCUAGUCGGAUAAUCAGUGUGCUUUCCAUUCUGGUUGUGCUGGGUUCUAUUGCCACAAUGUGCAUGAACAGUAUGGUCGAGUUCACGUUGUAUGACAGCGAGGGGCAGCCUCACGAGGAUCCUCGCUUUGAAAUUGUGGAGCACUUCGGAAUCGGGUGGUUCACGUUUGAGCUGAUCGCAAGGUUCUUGGUCGCUCCAGAUCUCCUCCACUUCUUCGAACAUCCUCUGAAUGUCAUUGACCUCGUGUCAAUCUUGCCGUUCUACUUGACACUCAUCAUCAAUCUGGUGGUGGAGAGCAGCCCAGCACUGGCCAAUCUCGGGCGCGUGGCGCAGGUACUGAGGCUAAUGAGGAUCUUCCGCAUCCUGAAACUAGCGCGCCACUCCACUGGACUCCGUUCCCUGGGUGCAACGCUGAAGAACAGUUACAAAGAGGUGGGCCUUUUGCUACUUUAUCUGGCUGUGGGAGUCUCAUUCUUCUCUGUGAUGGCCUACACCAUAGAGAAAGAGGAAAAUGAAUCAUUGACUACCAUCCCCGCGUGCUGGUGGUGGGCCACAGUCAGCAUGACCACAGUUGGCUAUGGGGACGUGGUGCCUGGAUCUAUAGCUGGGAAAUUAACUGCGUCGGCGUGCAUCCUUGCAGGAAUUCUGGUGGUUGUGCUUCCUAUCACGCUCAUUUUCAACAAAUUCUCCCUGUUCUACAAGAGACAGAAACAGCUGGAGAUUGCAAUGAGAAGCUGCGAUUUUGACGAAGGCAUAAAAGAGGUGCCAUCAGUUAAUUUGCGGAACUAUUACGCACAUAAGGUGAAAUCACUGAUGGCAAGCUUGUCUAAUAUGAGCCGGAGCUCACCAAGUGAACAGAGUCUAAAUGAAUCUAUAAAUUAGAGUAUCUGACAUGUAUAACAUGUGUUAUAGAACAGGGUUAUGGAUUCACACCUUUUUGACAAAAUAAAUUAGCGACCAAAUAAUAAAACGGGUGUUCCUUAACUCUGUAUGCCGUUUGAACCCUGCAUGAAACUUUGUGUGGUGCUGGAUCGGGAGCCACCAACUAUCACAAGUUAGCUUUCACCAUGGUGUAGCCAUCUCCUGUUGCUUCUUCCGUAAGUGUUCGCUUACACAUUUUGUGAGAAAAUGUGGGUCAGUAACUUUCCACUCAUUUUCUGUAGGACGAAAUGUAAUGUAAUCAAAAUACAUUUGUACUGACAUCAGAGGCCACGUAUUUGGUCAUGAAACCUUGACCUAUUUUUUUAAACACAGGUGUUUUAACGCGGAAAACGGACAACAUUAAAAUAGACAUUCGGCUACUAUAUAAGGCAAACAGAUAAUACUAUUACAGAAAUAUACGCUCACUGAGCACUUUAUUAGGAAUACCUGGACACAUACUUAUUCAUACGAUUAUCUAAUCAGCCAAUCGUGUGGGUGGAUUGAGAAUCUCAGAAACUGCUAAUCUCCUGGGAUUUUCUCUAAAGGUUGCAGAGAAUGUUGCGAAAACAACAACAACAACAAAAAAAACACCCAGUGAGUAGAACUUCGGCGGGCAGAAACGCCUUGUUAAUGAGAAUAUAUAUUUUUUUAAAUAGUCGAAUAAAUACCUAAUAAAGUGCUCACUGAGUGUAUAUUUGGAUUUACCUGUAGUCUAUUAUUUUGUCAAUAUGAUUUAGGCUAAGAUAGAGUGCACUCCGCAAAUUACACAAGAGUAAGCAACACAUAUUAGGUUUAUAAUAAAAAGUUCGAAAUUAUUCGAAAGUGUCAGUCUCAUAGCAAAAAAAGUAUAAAUGUUGAAAAAAAGAUGAGUACAAAACACAAUCAUCACUUUUCUUUUCAGUUCAGUUAAGAUGACUUUUACAUUAAUUUAAAUUAGUUUAGAACAUCCUACAGGUUUUAUAUAUUGUAUUUUUAUUAUUUUUAUGUAAACUGAUAAAAUAAGAAACAAAAAAUGGGAUAAGAGAUAUGUUCAUGGCGUACAUUUAUGUGACCACGUCUAGUCAAUCUCAAAAUAAACAUUUUAAUGGAUAA